UCCACUCUCUAUAUGUUGGAUGUGAGGGCGAUCUGGCUGCGACAUCUGUCACCCCAUUGAUCGCUAGGGUUUAUUCGGCUGAUCUGGCUGGCUAGGCGGGUGUCCCCUUCCUCCCUCACCGCUCCAUGUGUGUCCCUCCCGAAGCCCCGCGCUCGGUGGAAGAGGACGGUGGUUCCCCCGGCGGACGUCCAUCCUUCGGUGUACCAGUAGCUACGCUCCCCUGCUAGAACCUCCAAACAAGCUCAAGGCCCAUUUGUAGGAGAAACGUAGGGAAGUUAAGCUCCAAAGCGUCAGACACAUCCAAUUGAGGCGCUGCACGUGGCAGUCUGCCUUCCUUUUAUUUGUAUGAAAUGAAACAGUUUUGGUGACAAAAGCCAGGGUAAGGUACAUAUUUAGCUUCUUGAGUUUUAGUAAAAGUGGUCAGCUUCCUAAAAAUCUAUAACAUAGCUACGUGACACUAGCAACAUAAGGAUGCUAGCUGCCGUUUAAACCCAUAGAAGAAGAAGGAAGUUGUGGGAGGCGGGGUGAGGGGGAUUGGACGUUGAAUGAUAAGACCAGAAAGGCUACGGUUCGAUCGCAGUGGUGAGUACUAGCGAGGAUGACGAUGCCGCACAUAGGGGCAGUAUUUGGAGCAAUAGCAGGAGUGAUGGCCAUCAUGUUGCACUCCUCCAUUCACAAGGUAGAAGAAGGACACCUUGCUGUGUACUACAGGGGUGGGGCAUUGCUGACUUCUCCCAAUGGUCCUGGAUAUCACAUCAUGCUGCCCUUCAUUACCACCUACAGAUCAGUGCAGACUACUCUCCAAACUGAUGAGAUCAAGAAUGUGCCCUGUGGAACGAGUGGUGGUGUGAUGAUCUAUUUUGACAGAAUAGAAGUUGUUAACAUGCUGGUCCCUUCAGCAGUGGUGGACACUGUGAGGAACUACACGGCGGAUUACGACAAAACUCUUAUUUUCAACAAGAUUCACCAUGAACUCAACCAGUUCUGCAGUGUACACACACUACAGGAGGUCUACAUUGACUUAUUUGACAUUAUAGACGAGAACAUGAAGACUGCUUUGCAGAAAGAUCUUAACGUUAUGGCACCUGGACUUACAAUACAGGCAGUCCGUGUUACCAAGCCAAAGAUCCCUGAGUCUAUCAGGAGGAACUUUGAACUCAUGGAAGCAGAGAAGACUCGUCUAUUAGUCACGGCUCAGACUCAGAGGGUGGUGGAAAAGGAAGCAGAGACUGAAAGGAAGAGGGCCAUUAUUGAGGCUCAGAAAGUGGCCCAGGUAGCAGAGAUCCACUUCCAACAGUUGGUGAUGGAGAAAGAGACGGAGAAGAGGAUCUCUGAAAUAGAAGAUUCUGCCUUCCUGGCAAAGGAGAGGGCCAAGGCUGAUGCAGAAUAUUACACUGCUGCCAAGCUUGCCGAAGCAAACAGGGUGAAGUUAACGCCAGAGUACCUGGAGCUGAUGAAGUACCAAGCCAUAGCAGCUAACAGUAAGAUCUACUUCGGCCAGGACAUCCCCAACAUGUUUGUAGAGGGAACCAACAACCCCCCUAAGUCUGUGCGCACCCCUAAUCUGCCCAAUGCUCAACAAGUGAAGCCAGAGUGAGUCCGAAGCUCUGCCUCUGCACAGGACAGGAGAACCGGAUGAGGACUUGUCUUGUCCGUGAGAUGGAGAGCACUGAACUAAUGAUGGUGGGUGGGAUAGCUUUGCAGCUAGUUUGGUUAAUUAUGCAUUUUAGUCUUAAAUCUAAAUGG